AUGUCUAAAAUGCUUAGAGUGUCCAAAAUUCCAUCAGAUGCAACAGAAGAUGCUUUAACAUUCUUCUUUGAAAAUGUAAGGAAGUCAGGAGGUGCCAGUGUAGAAGAAGUAGACUAUGACGAAGAAAAGCACACUGCAAUAGUCACUUUUGAGGAAGACGAUGUUGUCGAACGAGUGCUCAAGAAAACUCCAAUGCUUUUUCAAGGAAAAGUUAUUGAGAUUGAAGCUCAUAUGCCAGAUGCCUUGGACGAUCCCCAUCCAGAUAUUAAGGAAGCAGAAGGUGACGGAAAUUAUUUUGCAAUUCAUGUUAGCGGUUUUGAUACAGAAAAGGUGCCUGCAGAAACGAUGAAACUUUACUUUGAAUCAAGGAGGGGUGCUGAUGUUGACGUCGUCUGUAUGGAAAAAGUAGAAGAAAAUGCAUACAUCCUAAAAUUCGAAAGAGAAGAAGCUAUUGAUACAAUCCUCAAAAAGACACACAAGGUUGGUGGGAAGCAACUAACUGUGAAGAGAUAUAUACCUCCUCCGCCUCUUCCAAAGUAUGAAGACAAAGUGUUUAUAAAAGGUGUUAGUUCGUUAGCCACUAAAGAUUCGCUCUUUAAUUUCCUGGAAGCAAAAUCAAAUGCUGAACCAAUUGAUAUAAUUUAUGGUGAAGAGGACGGCACUGCUUUGGUCACAUUUGAUACAAAACCAGAGAAACAUGUGUUUAAAGCACCCCUUUCAACUUCAGACAUAGAAAAACUACGACAGCAGUGUACAAAGAAAACUUUAGAAGGCAACUAUCUAAAGAUAGAUCAUGUUACUGUGACUAAUACGAUAGUUGCUACUGGUUUUAAAGAGACCACGUCUGAGGAGACAUUAGAGUUAUAUUUUGACAGCAAAAAGAAAUGUGGAGUUGAUGGUGUUACCAAAGUGAAGAUGAACCAGCAGCUGAAUCAAUGUUUUAUUUCUUUUGACGAUUAUAAUUCGGUUGAUAUUGUCUGCAAUCGUAAGCACAAGGUUGAUGGAGUCGAAUUUAAAGUAAGAAUCCACCAGGAAUGCCUAGGUAAUCCAGCCGAUGAAAGUCAGAGUUUACAGCUUCAACUGCCUGAUCCUAUACUAAUUGAAAAUAUUGAUAAGUGGAAACUUGUCUUUCUUAAGGAAUCACCCGAAAAUCAACAGAAAAUGAAUGAAUAUCUUCGACCAAAACAUGCCCAAAUUAAUUGGUCAACUAUGAAUAUGGAUAAAAAAUUAGAAGUUGCUUGUACGCUAGAAUCAACUGAUAAAGAUUGUAGAAAACUUGCAAAAGCAUGGUCAGCGGUAAUUCAAAAGGAAAUAUCCACAUAUUUGAGUUGUAUUAAUGUGUCCAAACUCAAUACGAUUAAAGAGGCAAUGGAGGAUGUUAUGAAAGAAAUAGAGGGCAUGCAUAAAGACAGUCUUAUUAUAAGAAAUGACCAAGAAAAUAACACAAUUGUUAUUGUUGGGCAGGGUGUUGAAACGGAAAAGGUAUCAGGAAAAAUUUCAGCAGUCAUAAAAGAUAUAGAAAAAGAAAUUGAUGAAAAGAAAAGUCAGAUCGAGGACAUUUUCCGAUCUAAACCUUAUGAAACCUCAAUCCUACAUUGCAUAAGAUUUCAAGAGCAGUACAGUAAAAAGAAAGAUGGGGUAGAGGUUGUUAUCGAUAAAGAAAACAACCUUGUAAAAUUCACAGGCAAAGCUACCGCGAUAGCCCUAGCAAAAAUGAAAAUGUUUGAAAAAACAAGAGAAAUAACAGAGCGUAAAGUAGACGAAGUAAGCGAAGGCAUGAUCAGAUUUCUAGAAAUACCUGAAGUCAAGUCAUACCUGGAGAAGAACUUUUCUCAAAGUGGAUUGACAGCAACAUGGACAGUGACGGACGGCAAAAGCUUAAAAAUAUAUUCUAUAUCCGACGAAGAACUUGUAAAAGCGUUUCAGCUUUUUAGAAAAUUGUUAAGCGAGGUUAAAAUUGAUGUCGAAGAUGGGCAAUCGAAUAUACUAAAGACACAGUUAUGGAAAGACCUAAUUAAGUCAACUCAAUGUUUAACUAGCGAAAAAGUGGUUAAAAUCGACGAUACAGGCAGUAAGAUAACAGUAUAUACCACUUCCGCUGCUGAUAUCGGUAUGAUCAGAGAAACCCUACAGGACUUUUUGUAUAAAAAUGCAAUUAAACAGCAAAAAAUAAACCAAUCAGGCGCAGUUUUACGACUUUUAAAGGAACACUAUAGAAAAGAAAUAGCAUCUAUAGAGAGAGAUUUGCAAAAUGAACAUGUUACAAUUCAGAUAAAUGAUUCAGAGUUACUUUUGAAAGGUAAUAAUACUGGUUUGUCGAAAGCGAACGCAAGAAUAAAUCAACUGCUCACCAACAUCGUAGAAAGGAAGCAUGUCAUAAAUAAGGCCGGGAUUGUUCAACACAUACAGAGUUUUGAAGGAAAAGCAAAAAUAGCACAGGUAGAACGAACCAAUGCCGUAGUUUUUACCGUCAACGAUAACGAUGACCAGUCCAUGAAUACCAAAAUCGUCCCCCAACCCUUAUCGUCUCAAAGAGAAACGGCUACAUGCACAAUCCCAUCAGGUCAAACUAUCGUCACUACAGUAGGAGACAUCACAGAACUUCAGGUUGAUGUUAUUGUCAAUGCAGCAAACAAAACUAUGGAACAUGUUGGUGGAUUAGCAGAAGUUAUCGUUAAAAAAGGAGGACAAAUCAUACAACAGGAAUGCAGUGAAUAUAUUAGUAGACGGCUCGGCGAUAAAGGGCUGUUGCCUGGAGAGAUUUUUUGUAGCAAAGCAGGUAAUCUGAAAUGUCAAUUGGUCAUUCAUGCUGUCGGACCAACAUACCAAGAUGGCUUUCACAAUGAAGACGAAUAUCUGUCCGAAUGUAUCGAACAAUCUCUAAAAGAGACUGCGGAAAGAAGAUUAAAAUCUAUAGCAAUUCCAGCGAUUGGAACGGGAAACUUUGGAUAUCCACUACAUGAUGCCUGCAAAGUAAUAGUUGAUUCCAUCAAAAGAUUUUUUAAGUCAAACAAGUCUACAUCAAUCCAGAAAAUUGUUCUAUGUGAUUUGAAAGAAAGUACACUGAAAAGCUUUGUUACCGUUCUACAGACGAAAUUUGAUCGACGAAACGUGAAAGAAAUUGGUCAAAGCACACCUCACAGAUUGAGACAACAUAGGUUUGAAGAUGCUAGUGCUAUGGCACUGUCUGAUGAUGAUUUUGAUGAUGAUAGUGAUGACGACGAUAUGAGCCAGCCUUCGUCAGGGCCAAUAUCAAUUACUGUUCUUCGGGGUCAAGUAGCGUUACAGGAGGUCGAUGUUAUAAUUAAUUCAACAUCCAGUAAUCUUCAGCUAACACACGGUGCAGUAUCACAGUCCCUUCUAAAUGCUGGCGGGAAUUCAUUACAGUCAGAGUGCACAAAACAUUAUCCUAAUGGAGUAGCUCCUGGAGAAAUAGCUGUGACCGGCGGAGGGAAGUUAGAAUGCAGAAAAGUCUACCACGGAGCCCUAAAUGGAUGGACUACGCCGACGGCUGCAAAGGAAUUAGCGAUGUUUAUGACAAACUGUUUGGAAGCAGCUAAUAAAGCUGGUUUUACGUCUAUUUCUUUUCCUGCCUUGGGAACUGGAAAUCUUGGGUAUCCAAAGACCGAAGUUGCACGAAUGAUGUUUUCUAACGUGGAAAUGUUUGGACGCAAUAAUCCAACUACUUCAAUUAAAGACGUGAGAUUUGUCAUUUACGAAAAGGACAUUGAAGUGCUGAAGGCAUUUGAGAAUGAGAAACAGAAUGGGAAUCGCAGAAAGGACAAAAAAAAGACUAAAAAUAUGAAGAAGGAGAAAAUUGCAAUUACAACAGCAGGGCGUAAUUUAGCUAGUGAGCUUAUAAUUCAUUUGGACGUAGAGGACUCGUCAUCAGAUUUGAAAUCAAAAAUAAAAUUGGUAAUUGAAAAGCUUGAGGAGUUUGAUCAACACAGCGUUGCAUUUCCAGCAAAUGAACUUGGAGAGAUACAGAAGGUCUCAGCAGUAUUUGUUGACGUUCUUCAAGACUUCAGCGGCAAAACUGAUAUUGAAGUUCACAUUGUUUUAAACGAUGAAAAUAUGGUACAAACAUUUGUGACUUGCCUGGAGAGCACCAUGGCGGGUGAUCAAAAUCCAUCCAUGUUAUCAAAAUUUGCAGGAUAUUUUGGAUUAGGAGGAAAAUCUCCCGUUAGGCCGAAACGACAUAUCCAGAUAAGUAAUGUAAGCUUGAAAGCUACAGUAUACAUCAAGGUGUUUGCACAAUCCGAACAAAGUGCUAAAAUCGCUAUCAGAGCAUUAGAAAAUAGUUUAGAGAGUGCAUACCAAGAAAAAACUGUCGAUGAUGACUUGAUAAAAGAUUUAUCAAAACCACAGAUAGACGAGUUACAGCAAAUACUAUUAAGUUCUGGUGUUGAAAUUUCACUGAAAAAGAAUCUAGGUAGAAUAAAGAUUACGGGUUUGCCUGAAAAUAUCACACAAGCCUUGCAAGAAAUUUACACUUUUCUAAGACGAACGGAAGAAAUGCGCUAUGCUGAGGAACAUGCUAAUCUUGUGUCUGAAAUGGUUGAAUGGUGUUAUCUCGAGGUAGACAUUGAUGGGGAAAAAUUAACAGAAUAUCCACGUCAGAUAAAUUUGCUACUGGAACAAGCCGUCAGAAAUAACAAAGCAACAGCUGAAUUUCACGAUGACAAGGGAAACAAGUAUAUAGUUGAUUUUAACAGCUAUGAGGAAUAUUUAGAGAGCAAUCCAUCAGAGGCUGUCAAGGUGAUCCGUAAAAACAAACUAUCAGACGCAUCCGGCUUGGCAUUUGAGAUGCCCUCAAACUGGAGUCCAAUGGACGAUAAGGAGAAUAUAAAACUAGUACCUCUUCAACAAACUGACCAGGAAUAUCUCGCAGUUCAACAAGAUUUUUUAAAAACUACUACUGGAUCAGCACUUACGAUUCUAAAGAUUUCAAGAAUACAGAAUCGGGCAUUAUAUCAGCAAUACAAGGCAAAAAAAAUGUCAAUGGAGUCAUUAAAUCCCCAAGGUCAUCAAAACGAAAGAAUACUUUGGCACGGUACUGCAUAUGAUGCUUUGGAUAGUAUCAACACAUAUGGGUUUAACAGAAGUUAUUGUGGCAAAAAUGCUACGAUAUAUGGAAAUGGUGUAUACUUUGCAAGGGAUGCAGCAUAUUCAGCUAGAGGUACAUAUUCGCCAAAUGACCAUAACAACCAAAGGCAUAUGUACAUGUGUAAAGUCUUAACUGGUGAAUUCGCACAAGGGAAACAAGGAUUAAUCGUACCACCGCCAAAAGGCAAAGGCAAAAGUCACAUUUUGCAUGACUGUGUAGUUGAUAAUCCUGCAGAUCCGGCAAUUUUUGUCAUUUUCCAUGAUACACAAGCAUAUCCUGAAUAUUUAGUUCUAUUCCAAGGGUAA